ACUGGGAGUGGAUCUGAAACCCAGAGUGAGAGGGUUACAGCUGCUCUGAACCGCUGGAAGCGCAACAGAGCCAGAAUCCGCCUCAUUCACACCAAAGGUGCGCCUCACCGACACAGGUACAUCUCCAGAAAUCAGCGGCAGCAGCUCCCCGUUCGGAACGUUUAACACUUCAAAUCCGGCCAGAGACAGCUUCAGCUAAGAACGCGAAAUGGCUAAUUCUGGACUCCAGUUAAUGGGUUUCGCUCUAGCUUUCCUUGGAUGGAUUGGGAUUAUUACAAGUACAGCUCUGCCGCAAUGGAAGACUUCCUCUUACGCUGGGGAGAACAUUGUGACAGCUCAGUCAAUUUAUGAGGGGCUCUGGAUCUCUUGUGUGUCCCAGAGCACCGGGCAGGUCCAGUGCAAAGUCUACGACUCGAUGCUGAAAUUGGACAGUACACUUCAGGCCACUCGAGCACUAAUGAUCAUUAGCAUCCUGCUGGGAACUUUGGCGAUCCUGAUUGCUUCAGCAGGAAUGAAAUGCACAACAUGUUUUGGGGACGAUAAAGCGAAGAAGGGCAAAGUGGCCACUGUUGGGGGAGUGAUGUUCCUGAUCUCAGGACUUGCUGCGCUGGUUGCCACAGCCUGGUAUGGAAACAACAUUGCCAAGGAAUUCUAUAACCCCUUCACACCAACCAACAGCAGGUUUGAGUUUGGCCAGGCUCUGUUUAUCGGAUGGGCUGCUGCUGCUCUCUCCAUACUCGGUGGAGCCUUCCUCUGCUGCUCCUGUACCAAGGGGAGCCGGGGGUCCUACCCAGGACAGACCUACCCCCGGUCACAAUCCGCUUCAUCUGCUGCAAAGAACUACGUGUGAGACCAACUGAGCUGUUGAGAAGAUCCCAUUUGAACUAGUCACUGGAUGCUUAUCUCUUUAAGUAAGGGAUGCCGAGUAUUACCCUUAAUGACAGUUCCUAGGAAGACUGUUCGGAAAUGAAAGGGCUUUUGCUCCAUUAAAGUUUUACUAUCUUACAUUUACUCGCUGUGUCAUUUUAAUUUCAGGUAAUCAUAAGCACACCAAGUGCCAGUUUCUUUAUUUAGAGCACACAUUUUAGAAUAUCUUUCCUGUAACAUAUAAAAUAUCAAAUAACUUUUUCAGAAGGAAGGAUUGCUCGGGGGCUUGUGUAUAUGCAAUACUUACUUCUGAGGGUAAAUCGGGUAUUGUACCAGGGUAGCAUGCAACCUUUUCACUCAAAUACAGUAAAGAGCUCAAUUAAAUAGGCCAGAUUACUGAGGUAAGACUCACUAGGCUCACACACACAGUCCUCCUGAUGGGGUAUCUAUCUGACCAUAGGUCACCCAGGGUGGGAUAGAGGUGAGUGGGUGGGGGUUUAUUGAUAGCUGCUGCUGGGCUCUGGGUAGGAGAUUUGAAGUCAUAGUGAAAAUGAAGCUGUGAAUAAUUAAGGGGGGAGGGCCUGGGAAGUCACAUUGAAGCCUUUUGAUUUCUAUUGAAGAGAAAAACACAUCAAAAGAGUCAGCAUCAUUCUACAUGGUUAAGUUGCUCCGUAUUAAUGAAACACUUUGCCAUAUCUCUGUCUUUUGGAGGUCAUGUUAAGAUGCAGAACUCAACUCUUCAAACCAACCUUAACCAUUGGCUCCUUAUAGUCCACAACAAUCUCUUUGAAAUCCUCAACCAUAUCUUACUAACAUAAUUUACAAACCUGUUAAGAGUUAACAAGCAGUCCGUACCCGAGCUGCUGAAUGGCCUCAUCUCUGAGUUGCUUGUUUUGACCUUCUUCAUGUACAUAUAUUAGAUAUACCAAUGUGUAACCAUUUCGACUGGCACUGUGUAUCCAGAGUUGUUAAUGUCCAAUCUAUAUUUGCAAGAUGCAGUUGUUGUACUCAAUUUAGGCUUCAGCAAGAUCAGCAGUAUUCUCGGGGUAGGCAAGUACCUCAUGAAAUCUUCCACCUGUUCCAAUCAGUUAUUGUUAAAUAAUUGAUAUUCAUGAGAGUAAUAUAUCGGUGCCUCACCAAACUCCAACAUGUUUAAAUUAGUGUUUUAUUUCAUCCCACGUACCAACCGGUCCAUUGUUAGUUCAACCAUCAGUUGUUCAAUUCCAUUUACAACCAUUGCUUUUAUAGUAGAACAUGCCUGGACAAUCCAAUGUGUGUAGCACUUCAUUCAGUGAUGAAUUCUCUCCAGCCUGAGCCUCAUUCUUUGUUACAGACCAAUAUAAGAGCUGAUUUUGAUCUGUAAUGGGCAUGAGUGGGGAGAACUUGAACCAUUUUGGCGGAUAUUAUAUCCAGAGUAGUUGGACAGUGAUAUUUUACCAAUCCUCCCUCUGAAUUCUGGGACAGGCUGAGUCCUGUUGGUUUUCGAGCCCCUUAAAUUUCAAAAUGGAAUUGAAACGAGGCCUGAUUCUGAAUAAAUCCUGGAGUGUAAGUGGAGUUGUUGCCUUAGUUGCACUUUGAACUCUGUGGAGAAUGGGAUGGCCACUGUCGUUCUGACCCUCAUGAGUUUAUUACAAUGAGAAGAGUCAGUGUGUAGGCUCAUCAAACUGUCCUUUAUCUGACUGAAAUCAAAUCUAUUCUGCUGUCACUUUGCAGCAAAUGGGUUCAUGGUCUGCAACUACUUGCUCAAAUUUCCUGUCAUUAACCAAAUUGUUUCAAUGGGACUAGAGCAGACGCUGAGUGUUUGACCUUCACCUGGAAUUUCAGCCCAGCUGUGACUUCUACUGUUUCAGAAGCACAAAGCUUUGUUUGCAUAUACUUUAAGAAUCUUUCCUUUUCCAGGUCCUGCUAACCUCAGAGGGUUUCCACAGGAGUGGUGAGUUGGGGAUGCAGCGCUUUGGUGGAAAUAUCACUGGACCGAUAUUCCACAGACCCAGGGUAAUGCUCUGGGGACCUGGGUUCAAAUCCCUAAUUCCUAUUUUUAACACAGUCUAAAGUUGCACCCAGUAUGCAAGGUGAAAUUUCAGUUCAAUAAAAAUUGGGAAUUAAAGGUCUGAUGAUGAUCACAAAAUGAUUGCCAUAAAAAUCCAUCGGGUUCACUAAUGUCCUUCAGAGAAGGAAAUCUGCCAUCCUUACCUGGUCUGGCCUACGUGUGACUCCAGACCCACAGCAAUUGGGUUGACUCUUAAAUGCCCUGUAAACAAGUCCAAUUAGGGAGGGGCUAUAAAUGAUGGCCUAGCCAGUGAUGGCCACAUCCCAUAAAAAUGAAUUUUAAAAAUCUGGCCCAGUGGUGAAUAAGUCAGUCUCCAACAAUGUGCUCUGCCAUUUCUGAAAAGCUAAGUUUGUUGUUUCCGUUCACUGUACAAAGAAAGCGCCAAUUUACAGGGACAAAUAUCACAAUUUUUUUCAACAGGGAGUCAGGGUGGGGUGGCUGUUUAUGUGGAAUGGGCUGCAGCCUGGUUAGUUAAUGGGUUUCACACCUAAUGCCCCAAUUCCACCAUCCAUACUGGGUACAACAUUAGACUGUGUUGAAAGUAGGAAUUAAACACAUUCUUGUUCCAGUUGAAGCAAGUUUCAACAAUGUAUCUGACAAUCCCUAGCUAGUGUUUUACAACCCGUCCCCCCAAUGCCCAACAUCCUUUAAAUAUUCUUCUGCUCUUGCAAUCAGAUUUUUGUUAAAUAAUCACUGUCUGAAAUUUUAGAAAUGUAUAAUUAGAACCCAAGCUCUUUUUAAACAGUUUAAAUUAUCAGACUGAAAUUUGAAAUAUUAAUUGCUGUAUUCCAGUUUCCAUUUUGUAAAGGAAUUCCCAACAAUGGUGAGGUAUGUAGUGUAACCUGGUUGGAGUCCAGGUUUUCAAGUGACUGUUAUUAUAUUUUGUUUUAUACUAGUCAGUUUGAACCAGUUGCUAACCGGGAUGUUUUAUGUAUUUGUGUGUGGGUAGUUCUGCUUUUCUAAUCUUUCUCAGCCACCAAUAGUUUCCUGUUUUGUACAUUACUUUUUAUAUAUCUGUGUGGCUGUAGAUGUGUCCAAGGCACUGCUUGUGGAUUGAGUUUUUAUACUGAGCUUAUUCUAUGGAUUUUGCAAUAAAUAGGGGAUGUUUAUUUUAAA